CACCACAGGGGCACGCCGGGAGCUUAGCAGCUGGGACUAAUUCACAUCACAGGCAAACAUGGGACUGCUGGUCGAAGAUCUGGUCGUAGGCAAGAAAUGCGAGAGCAAAAACCGCGGAGGGCUACUGCAGGAAGGCUUCGCCGAGGGAGAGUACGAGACGGCCGUCACUCAGGAGAAACAAGAUGGCCGACCGUCUCACAGUGACCUCCCUUCCGCCGCCACCACAAACGACAGCCCGCCAGAGGACCUCUACCCGAUAUCAUUAAAAACUGACAGAGCGGGUCGGCUGAAGCUGGAAACGGUGGAAGACCUUCACAAUAUUCUGAAGCUGAAGAAGAGGAGGAGGGCGAAGAGGGUGCCAGUUAAGAAGGCGGAACCGAAACCCGAGGCUGUGCCUGUUGUGGUGGAUGGGGAUAUGUUCCUGAAAGCCGCUAUUGAGAAUAAAUUGCCUGUGAUUGAAAAGUACCUAGCUGACGGCGGAGAUCCCAACAUCUGUGACCAUUUUAAACGGACUGCGUUGCACCAAGCUAGCUCAAGGGGCCAUGUGGAGAUUGUGAAAAGACUGCUAGAGGCUGGGGCUUUGAUUGAGAACAGAGAUAAGCUGGAGUCCAGCGCUGUUCACUGGGCCUGUCGGGGAGGCAGUCAGCCAGUACUGGAGCUGCUGUUGAACCACGGGGCAAAUUUCAGGGCCAGAGACAAGCUGCUGAGUACUCCACUACAUGUGGCAGUUCGAACUGGCCACUACGAGUGUGCUGAGCAUCUGAUUCAGUGCGGGGCCGAUAUCAACGCCAAAGACAUGGACGGAGACACACCUCUGCACGACGCUGUGAGAAUAAACCGAUUCAAAUUCCUUAAACUGCUGUUGUUAUACGGUGCCAAUCUGACCAUCAAGAACUGCGAGGGAAAGUCCCCAUUGGAGUGUGUUCUUAAGUGGCAAAAUGGAGCAAAGGACAUUCUGAACACUUAUGAAGAGGACACAAACUGUCCGUCCCUGUGAAGCCGAGUGUAUAUCUGAGUGAAAAUGUUUUAUCUGUUAAUAUUUCUGAUUGUGUGGAAAAACAUUGCAGGUCAAUGUAAAACUGAGUUAAUGAGCCAUAGGCUAGUGCUUUGGAAGCAUAUUCAAGUACGUUUAUUUAUUGAGAAUAUUUAUGACAUUCAGAAUGACAAGCGACAGAAAGGAAAAUGGAAAAUUGAUUUUUAUGUAUUCUCGGAAAGAGAGGUACUAUUUUUGGAAAGUUUAUUGUGAGAUAAAAUGUCUUUGCGUCAUAAGGCAAGACCGGUCUGACUACUGCAAAAAGUAAUGGUUCUUCGAAAAUAAAUUGGCAUGUAUUCUUGGAAAGCGAGUUACAGUUUUUGGAAAGUUUACUUCGAGAUAAAAUGUCUUUGCGUCAUAAGGCAAGACCAGUCUGACAACUGCAAAAGGUAUGGGUUCUCCUUUCCUGGGAUACACCUAAAUGUUUUGGCUAACACAUGCAAGCCGAGUAAAACGAACAUUGCAAAAGAAUGUUACACACACGUAACGUGUGUAGACUAGUGUCUGAAGUGAACUGAAGCCGUGUCUGACAGUUGGUCAAGAGAAUGUUGAAGAGAGGAUGUUGUGUAAGGACUUGUCUGUUAAAGAAACUCAAAUGUAAUGCACAAACUGAAUGUAUUGUAAUUUAUGACUAAAAUAUUUUUGUACAUUUUGUUUAUUUAAGCUAUUUAAUGGGAAUAAAUAACAGCAGUGCUUUGAUAAG